GCUUGUCUGUCAAGAAAUAUUUUUUGUUGUUUGUGUGAUAAACGUGAAACAAGAGGGCUAAUGGAUGCUACGGCGGCAACUGAUGCUACGGGGGCAGUGGUUGGGGACAAGCUGGAGAUGUUCCGGCAACUAAAUUUGUUGGAGCAACAUCGUGUGGAGAGUUUCAAGGACUGGCCCUUCCCCGAGCAGUCGUCCUGUAGUAUAUCCAAGAUGGCUGAGGCGGGCUUCUAUUGGACGGGCACAAAGCGGGAGAAUGACACGGCCACAUGCUUCGUAUGCAGCAAAACCCUGGAUGGCUGGGAGUCGGACGACGAUCCCUGGAAGGAGCAUCUGAAGCACGCCCCGCAAUGCGAAUUCGUCAAGCUAGGAUGUGCGGAAAAGGAUUUGACGGUGACACAAUUUCUAGAAAUACUGGGCCGUGUGGUCAAGACCAGCAUAGAGAAGAAUUGUAAAGCCUUCAAGCAGAGCUUUAUUAGCGAUAACGAAAACAGUCUGGAUAAGUUUACGCAUAACAAAUAACGCUUGGAUUAGCUGCGCGUAUAUUUAAUUUUAACAUUUUUAUGUUGUAGCUAUAGAAAUCACUUAAUAAAUCAGGUUGGCAGCCCCGAAGCACAAAUCA